AUGACCUACAUCGUGCGCGGUCUCACGUUGGAAGAGAUCUACGACCUGUCACGCAGCUGCCGCCACUUUCAAUACCUUAUCCGCGAGGAGAAUCUCUGCAAGAUGCUCCUGCGAGACAAAGCCGCGUAUUCGGUGGAGGCUGAGGAUGCGCUAGAGACCGGAGAGUUCGCUAGAGGCUUCAGAAGGCUGGUCAAGCGGCGCAGAGCAAUAGCUUCAGCUUCCCCAUACGUAGCCGCAGUCGUUGCGGUUGCCGACUCCUUUGCCUUUCACAAUGGCCGACUUUGCUAUCUUGUUGAGGAUCGUGCGAAUGCGAGAAGGGAUCUGCGGAUACUCGACGUACAGAAGGCAACAAAUCACGAGCUUGUGGUGGAUGUGCCGACGCUGGUGUCGCUUGCAGUUCCGGAAUCGGCAGGUUGUCGAAAAUACACAUUUCGAGUCCUGUACCAUGCUGCAGGGAUUACGUCCUGCUUGUAUUCGUUUGCGAGACCCAACACCCAGCAUUGGCUUUUGAUUUUCAAUGCAGAGAGGCAACAGUUGCUGGGGGCUGUUCAGCUGGAGUCUGCAAUGAGACUCUUUGUACGCAACAACCGAGAUCACCUCAUCUUCGGAACCCACUCCGAGCGCCAAGCCAACGGCAUCAGGAAGUGGGCACUUCGUCACUUCGACCUUCGAACAGGCCAAUUGGCUGCUGAGAGUAUGCAUCUAACUAAUGUGGUUGGUUACGAGAUCGGAUCUACAGUCUGCUUCGAGAUCAUCGGCAAUCAUUUCUACGGUUGUUCAAACUCCACUGCGUUCGAACUCGAAGAGAUCGAUUGGACCUCGCAUUACUACUGUUUCCGUUUUGCAGUCGACGACUUUGACCCCGAGAAGACCCAAAUAAUGAAGAAGCGAGACGCAUGGCGACGCCAGCAUGCUGAAGGACCAAUUGAUGACCGGUGGACCUUUCUCAAUCUCGAACAAGACGAGCAGACCGGAAGCGUCCGGAUCAUAGAGAGUCGCAAAGAGUGGCUCAAUGGGCGCAGUGGGAGUAAAAGAACUUACUAUAUUACCAACACUCGCUUUCCGGACGCGAGCAGUACGGAUGGAGAUGGUACCGACGACAACGACCCUCUUCCGAACGAGCCAUUAGCUCGCCUACUUACAAGCAGCAACCAGCCUAACUACAUGGUUGCGCCACAGCGUGACGCCCAUGCGUUUCACCGGGGUGAUGAUGGAUCCAUAACGUUCAGCAAAGGCAAGACUUACUUAUCGACAUAUCACCAGGCCUGCAGUACAUAUCUCGACUUGGUCGACGAUCCAUUGCCUGGGGACAUAUGCAUGCAACGCUUGCGUAUACGGACUGGGACUAGGGUGUCUAGCAACGCAUCAAGCGUCGUUACGACUCAAAACAGUCCCAGCGGAGACUACUGUGUUGGGAAUCCUUACAUUGAGGAUCCUGAAAGUAACACCAUACAUUUCUGGCCGCCUGAAGCAUGCUGCGAUGAUUACAGAGAUCACGACGAUAAACUCCAGCGACUGGACCAGGUCAUGAACCCUCGGGGACUGACCGGUAAUGUUGUCGCUACCGGCGACGGGCGAUCAAUAAUAUUCUCCACGACGAGUGGGAACUCAAGUGAUUUGAAGGUCCUGGUAUAUCUUACCUUCGACCCCUCUGUCCGGCUUGCAGGAACCGUACAGAUGGGCCGACUGGAUGCAAAAGACAUCAACAGCAGCUGUCACCUUGGGCAAAACAGGGACGUUGCAGGUUGCCCCCGUUCCGAAGAAAAAGAAAGUGACCAUGCAGCAAACGGUUGCCCUCGGGGGCGCCAUGAGAAACAGGAAAGUGCUGCAUCUCUUGCAAUCUCGGGCGUUCCAUCUUCCCCUUGGCAAGAUUAUCCAGUGGACACGUUACCUGCUCCGAAAAUGGGGCCAUAUUGGGCUACCCUGCAAGACGCUAUGCAUCUUAGUUUCUCUCGGAAACUGGGUUUUGCGUUCAAUAGAAACAACGGUUCCAGGACCAACUCCCAGUAUUCGAGUUAG